CGACCUUGGCCCAGAUCCGACAGGCGAGAUGCUGGCGUCCGUCCGGCGUCCCCGGCCACCUCGCUGGUAAAUGGCGCAGCUAGCGUUCACUGAGCGCUCACUUUGCGCCCGGCCACACUGCGUGGACAGGGACUUUCUUCCCACCACAGGCACGUGGGUUGGAGGCUGUGUUCCCCUUUUGCAGAAAACUGGGCGUCGGAUGCUUUGUUCCACAGCGAGGGAAGCAGGGAGUGGAUCCCGCGCCCACCCCUUGAACUUCCAGGCCGGUCGCACUAGGGGAGUGGGGGGGCCGAGGUGGCGUCCUUCCUGGUUUUGGUCCAGUCGCAGCGCCUCCCGGAUCGCACCCGGUCGCCGGGCGCGGCCUCUUUAAGAGGAGGUGUGGCCUCGCGGUAAGGCCGGGCGGGAGAAGGAGGGAGCCGGACGUUACGCCAAGGCCUGGGGGCGGAGCCGUGCUUCGACCAGAAGCGGAAGUAGCUGAGCUGAGGUGCCCUUAGCCCGAGACUUGCACCCAGAGAUGGGCUCCAAGGCCAAGAAGCGUGUGGUGCUGCCCACCCGCCCGGCGCCCCCCACGGUGGAGCAGAUCCUGGAGGACGUGCGGGGGGCGUCCGCCGAGGACCCCGUCUUCACCGCGCUGGCCCCAGAAGACUCUCCAGGCCCCUCCGGGAGGGCUGAGAACCCUGAGGACCAGCAGGAGCAGCUCUACCAGCAGAGCCGGGCCUACAUGGCUGCCAACCAGCGGCUACAGCAGGCGGGUGAUGAGCUAAGACAGAGGUGUGAGGACCUGCGACGAGCUGGCCAGGAGCUGGAGCAGGACAUUGGCCAGGUGAAGCGGGUGGUACUGCCGGGAGCCGCAGCCGCCUCCUUGGGCUGACCUGGUCCUUGGGCUCACCUGAGCACAUGGCCCCCCCAGGCAGGGCACCCAUGGCCCACUGGAACUUUUGGUCCUACCCAUACACCUAGCCUGGCACACCUCAGAUGUGGACCCUGUCCCAGAAGCCUAUUCUGGGCUCUCUGUUCUGUGGCCUAGGGACCCCAGGGGACAGAGCCUGCUGUGUGUGGUUUCAGCAGGGGCAGUGUUGCCUCAGUUGUCUGCCUGAGGGUUGGGUCAGGCCUUGUGGAUGCUGCUCAACCCUGGGCUGCUCUCCUAGGGCCCGAUCGCCGUCAGCCCAGACUGGACUUGGUGUGGGGCCCCAGCACCCUUCCUUCCUUUCCUUCCUCUGGUGACUCUGCUUCACUGACCCAUUAGACUGAGCCUGUCUCUUUCUGAACUACAGCACCCCCGAGGUUACAGAAGAGGAUAGGGGUUCUUUCCCCUGGUGCCCCUGGCCAUGUGAGGAGCGAUUGACCAGCAGGGCCCAGAUCUGAAAUGGGGCCUCCAGUGCCCCCCAAUCACCCCAAUCUGAGGUGUGGGCGCUUCCCAGGGCAGCACUUGUCUAUCUGGUUCAUUGUCAGGGUACAGGACCAACCUGUUGGCUAUGGGAUCCAUCAGAUGUGGGUGCUGGCCUGAGCUUCCAUGAUAAGACGAGCUAGUCAGUCCCCCGUCCUGAGCUUUCAUCCGGCCACUUCCAUCCUGGCAGACCAGGCCCAUCAUAA